AUGAGAUGCAGAUGUCUUGCACUCAGGGUGGAUCAGAUGAUGAUAGUGGCUGGAGACAACUCUCUUGGCAAGUAUGAAGGAAUGGAGCAGUAUUCCAAACCACGCUCCAUUACACCUCACCCACUGUACAACAAGAGCAGCAAUAAUGCAGACCUCAUGCUCAUUAAGCUCCGGGCUCCAAUAAAGCUGAACAGGUAUGUCUCCCUGGCUCCUCUACCCAAACAAAACACAGGAGUGCUGCCUGGCCAGCAGUGUCAGGUGUCCGGUUGGGGUUCCACAAGCCAGGGCAGGGGUGCGAGUCCCCUUACGCUUCACUCUGUAACUCUGCCCAUCAUCUCCACAACUAGGUGUAAUAGCAGCAAGUCCUUCAAUGGAAGCAUUACAAGUAAUAUGAUCUGUGCUGGCUACAGUACUGGAGGAAAGGAUGCAUGCAAGUGGGAUUCUGGAGAGCUGCUUGUGUGUGAUGGCCAACUUUAUGGGCUUGCCUCUUGGGGAAACACCUGCGGGGAUACCGGGGUUCCAGGAGUCUACACGGCUGUGGCCAGGUUCCGCAGAUGGAUAGACCGUACCAUCUACAGGUCCUUCAUACGAUGUUACAAGUACAGAAAUCCACUGGCAUUGAAAUCCACUUCGAGUGAUGUGUAGCUUAACGUAUGGAAUAUAUAGAAUGUCAUCAUGUGAUUCAUAAAUAUCUUAAAAAUGUAGAGCAAUUUUAGAGCACCUGUCAAAAACAGAGUACAGUGGAAAAAGGUUAAC